AUGAUCGGGAUGCCCAGCUGCGUGACGACGUGCGGCCGCGUGGAGGUGCCGUACCCGUUCGGCAUUGGCCCGGACUCCAGCUGCUACCUGAAUCAGCCGGGGUUCAACCUCACCUGCGACCACAGCAACAACCCCCCACGGCUCCUCCUCCUCCCCGGCGAAGAUCAGCGUCUCCAGGUCAAGUACAUCGACGACGUAGUGUCCAUUGUGGAGGUGGUCCGCAAAGUCGACAUAAGCACUAGCGGGUCCGACGACAUAAGCCUGAGAGGACCUUUCAGGCUCGCCGGGGCCAACGAGCUCGUCCUCAUCGGCUGCAACGUGUGGUCGACCCUGCUGCGGAGGAGCACGAAGAAGGGCAAUGCCACUGCCAUCGUUAGCAUCUGCUUCUCCUUCUGCAGCGCCAUCACCAAAGGCCCCCGGUUCAGCCAGGGACGCUACAGUCCGGGCGGCCACUGCAUUGAUCCCAUCAUCGUUGACGAACACGACGAAGCAGCUGCCACAGUGCACUACGGCGUGGAGCUCAGCUGGAUUGGUGGGAACAAGAGCGCGGAUCGGGCGCAAGUCCCCGCUCGGACGUUCGUAGCCAAGUACAGCAGGUUCGACUAUUGGCUCUACAACUACUCCAUAUCCCCUGUUGCUACUACAACAUUGGAUCCUCCCGUUUAUCUGCACAAUGAGAUCAGCGGCAGCUGCUCCAACAACAUAUGCAAGAGCGACCACAGCGUCUGCAACAAUAUCAGCGCAGAUUCAUGUGCAUGCUCCUGCGAUUCAAAUUACACAGGCAACCCCUACCUCCCCGGCGGUUGCCAAGGUUAG